AGAGUCCAGUUUUCGAUUCGCCAGUGCUGAGUGGUCAUCUAAAAUAUAUAUUUGUGAAGCAUAAGAACAUUUUGGUGCUGUAAUAUGUGACGAUUAAGAACUGUUAAAUCCUUUUCGGGACAUCGACAAAAAAACCUUCAGGAUGUGAAAAAACACCGCUGAAUUUCAACUCAAAAAGUGACCCCAGGAAUACAGACCAACGGAAAAACCUAACCUAACCUAAAAUAUAAGUGAACUUUGCGGAACAAUCGUUCGAAUUUGUUAUUGAUUUUUAAUUAUUCGCCGGAAUAUUUACUCCCACACCUUGGCUCCGAUUCCAAAAUACUGCCGACGUUGGGAGUCACAUGUCGCACCUCAAAACAAAAUCAAAAUAAAUUCACACUCAAAUCGACGAAGUGAAUCAACAUCAAAUGAAUAACUAUCGAAUUUCCUGAAAUUUUACAACAUGUCUGAUCGUAAAGCGAAACUUAAGUCCGUGGGAAGAUCUGCAUCGACAGACAGCACAGAUUACUCUAUUACAAUGGGAAAAUCCGUACGGGAAAAGCGGAAGAAGCCGAAAGAAAGAUGGUUGUUGACUAGGAAAACAUGGAGAUACAUGGCUGAUGCUGGGAGGAAGCUGAUACCCGACAAUGCAUCGAACAGACCAGAAGACAUUCCAAAAAUCGAAGCCUAUUUUCAGGAGGUAUGUAGAAAAGAACCCAAAUUCCUAUUAUGGAGGAAAAAUUCUUACCCAGGGGCUUUAGGUCUCAAGAAGAAAAAGAAAGAUUGGAGAAAAGUGCAGAGUUGUCGAAAUGCCGUUUCAGCAAACGACGUAGAUGCGAUUAAACCAGAGAGACCGAAAGAUUUGGCAAUAUACAACAUUUCUGGCGGGAGAUUUGAUAUUAGAAAAAUGAGGCAAGAUUUCAUGAACAGUCCUCCAUCUCCUUCCAGCCAUCUGCCAUUCAUACCUGAGCAAAAAGUGCCUUCUUCUGAGAGCCUUUCAGAGCAAUCAGAGGACAUCAGCAAGAAUGACGAGAAGCUUAUAAACAUGUUGGAGAAAUUUUUAACUUUAGAUGACAAACCUAAAAGUAACCCUAGGUUCCAAGCAGAUUUUAACUAUCAAGAACUGGUUGAAAAAUUACAGAGACAUCUAACUCUGGUCAGCAGAAAUGUACCAUCUUCUAGUUCGAGACUGCACAUACGUCCUGGAUCAGUGCAGUUUGAAGGAGAUCACAGGGAGAAAUCGCUUACGGAAACCUUGAGUAGGUAUUUCAGUCAAAGCACCAAUAGAGACAAAGUAAUAUCAGACCUAUUAACUAAUAGGAAAGCCCUUGAAAAACUCUAUUUCGAGUUGAGGAAAACCAAAGGGUUCAGAGGAAGAUCAGGUGGUUCACCAUAUUCCUCCACAUCUCAGCUGAACGAUAGAGAUAGAUCUUAUUCGAGUUCUAACUUGAAACAUAUUGAGAAUAAUAGGGAGAAAGAGAGAGAAAGGAGAAUUGGAAUCACACAACCACCACCUGUUAUCGAAAUCGUUCAAGAAACCCCAGAAAUAAAACAGGUUGAUUUGGGCAUCCAAACACUACCAAUACCUGAAGUCGUGUUGACGAAAUGCGAGGAAGAAUACAAGAAAGAGUUGGCAGCUAGGAAGGAAGAAGAGAAGACUUUAUCCCCGAGAAGUACAACAAGGAGAAGAAGUAGUGUAGAUAACGAUGACAUAUCCCAGUCUGUCAGUGACACCAUCAAGAGGUAUCUGCGUAUGGCUCGUAAGAAGAGUGUCGAUUCGGACAAGGCCGACAGGUUCAAACGCGUGAAUUACGAUAGGAACUUGCGGAACAUAAAGGCGAAAGGGGAGAUCACCAAACCCGGUGAUGACGACGGCCUCAGCAAGGGCUGUCAGACGAACGAAGACUGGAUUUUGACGUAUCGGGAUCUCAAGUUUCGCGAAAUCUCGGACGAUAGUCGCGUGUCCAGCUCGCGGAGUUCCGUAGACGCCGGAGGUGACGACAAGUCGCCAACCACCUCGCCACCCCACACUAAAACCCACCAUUCGUUCCUCAGUCACUUUUUGCCCAGUAAAAAUCACGAUAAACAUGAGAAAUCUUCUGCCGCAGUGCCAACGGGGGCCAGCGCGAUGCAGAAGUCGAAGUCUUCAUCGAGUGUGAUGCACCACGGCAGCCGGCUGGUGGCCAAGAAGAUCUUCAGGACGAGGUCGAAGAGUCAGAGCAGGGCUGCGCAGCCGCACUGCAACUGGAUGCCGCAGGGCAGCUGCGUAUGGACCAGCGUUUCUGGAAGACAAGUUAUACUCAGCGAUUCGUCUUUGUUACAACUUUCAGAAAUCGAGAGAAAAGUUCUGCAAAAAGUUGCUAUUGCCAAGUUGCAGGCACUGAACUUAGGUGUCAAUAUAAAAGUUCCUACAGAAACAGCAGCAUCGGCUGUACCAAAGAAACGAAGGCCACACCUCCUGAAAAGGAAAGCAAUAACUACCUCAAUAUUCGAUUCCAGUCGAAAAGAUGGAGAUAAGGAUGGCAGUGCACCAAGCGGUCUGGUCUUUGGCAUUCCCUUGACGCAGUGUGUGGAGAAUGACAGAAUAUCCAGGGCCGCAGCAGGGACUACUCGCUAUAAAGGGUGUGAUGCUGGGGAAGGUGGGAGACUUGGCAGACGUGGAUCAAGAGCCAGUUUCAGCUCUUUGAUAGAUGCCCAUAGAGAAGGUAGUUCCUGCGAAAGCCUAAUGGGACAAGAAAGAAUGGCAGGUAGUGUUCCAGGACUCUUGGAUAAAAUCUCCUGCAGUUCGACCGCAGAUCUACCAGACAGGAUGGCCGCAGAAGGUGAGGAACUCACCAUUCCCCAGAUACUCACAGCUUGUAUCAAGCACAUCGAGAAGAAUGGGCUACAUACUUUAGGUAUCUUCAGAGUCAGCACCUCUAAGAAACGAAUAAGAGAGUUGAGAGAAAGUUUCGAUUCUGGGAGAGAAACAACGCUGGACCAAGACCAGUGUCCGCACGACGUUGCAACGUUGCUGAAGGAGUACCUGAGGGAGUUGCCUGAUCCAUUGCUGUGUAGAGACCUCUACCAUGCCUUCGUCCAAACCCAAAGGAUACGAAAUAGAAGGCUGCAGUUUGAGGCUCUCCAACAUCUCAUUCAAAUACUUCCUUCUGCGAACAGAGACACUCUCCACGCUCUCCUCAAUUUUCUGUCCUUGGUUGCUCAGAAUUCUACAGACACUACGGAUGAAUUAGGAGAAUUGGUGCAAGGGAACAAAAUGGAUUCCAACAAUCUAGCUACUGUUUUCGCUCCAAACAUACUCCACUGCAUCAAAGCGAAUAGUUCUAAAGAUACAGCGGAUAGAGCUGAAGAUCGUAUUGAUAUCAUCAAUGUCGUACGAACCCUAAUAGACCACCACGAUGAUCUGUUCAGAGUAUCUGCAGAACUUCUGGAUGAAGUUUACGUUCACAUGAUGGACAGCCAUCCAGAGGCACUAGAUGAGCUCUUGAGUAAGCGUGACAUCACAACAGGAGCCGAAGAGUCACAAGAGGAACUGGAUAGUGAAAGCUACUCAGCGCCUUGGUCUCCUACUCUACCUGGAUGUGAUAUGUCUGUUGAGACAAUGAUCCAGAGUUCCGAAGAACUUCCUAACACCCCUACUGAGAAAAAGAGGAUGUGGUCUAGGGAAGAAUGUCUUCAUGAAGCAGCAGCCACAGGAGGACCUAACAUUAGCAUGAGAAUAAGGCACAAAGAUAAAAUUCGUGAGAGAAGCCAGAGGAGGAAACGAGAAGAAUCUGCUUCACGCAAGCGCAGCAGUGAUGACUCAGGAAUCGGAGGUUUUUCUUCGGCAAUCAACAUAAUCUCAAAACUUAGAGGGCAGAGAGAGGAAGACUAUCAGUACGGCAAAAACAGGAGCUCAUCUUUGGAAAGCUCCAGUUCAACGCAUACUGAUGCCGAUUUCCAUAGGGUACAGAAUAUACCUGGAGGUAUUUUGGAAAGGCGAAAAUCUUCUCCGUUCGUUAUGGACAAUGCAGGAGUUAUAACUGCUAGUUUGACUAUUCCAGUUCAGACUCAAGCCAGUCAAGGUCUGAGCUACAAUUUCGACGAUGACAUUCCCUUCAUAGAAGAUGCAGAUAACGGAAGACAACAACUCACUAUAGGAGUGAUUAAAACCCCAACUGUACCUCCAAGAAGACGACAAAGGUCUAUAAGUGGGAGCGACUCUUCAGUAGGUUCAACAAUCCAACCAAUAACAGGAUGUAUCUCAUUGGUGCAAAGCACUGACUCAGCAGUAGGAUCGCCAGUGAAUUACUCCAGCCCUAUCCAGAACACGCCAACAAGCUUCUCCAGCAGUAUAGCGGACGCUGGAAUGUUCAGCUCACCUCCUUCUUGGACCUCCUCACCGCCGACCUCACCAGAUAGUGCCCACACUUCAGUGAACUACAUACCAGAUGACAAUCAAGUACCAAAAACUAGAACACACAGGAUAGUGAGCAAAGACUCGCCCACUCUGCAGAAAGUUACGUUUAUACCCAUCCAGGAAGUGCAGAAAACCAAAUUGCAAGAAAUAAGAAGCUCAGAGUUGGGAGGCAAUCAAAUUUUUUCAAGGGAUAAUCAAGACUUGGGAAGUACAUCGAGGAAUGUCAAGGAUUGUAUGAGGACAACGAGAGACGUACAAGAUUCUGCGUGUUCUUCGAGAGAUAACCAAGAAAUACAACGGAUACAGGGUAGCUUAACGAAGGAGUUCGUCCAGAAGACAGUUCAGAUUUCGAGUGAUAUCUGUAAAAGCACCAGUUCUCCAGCAUUCGACCCUAGAGAGUCUAGAGAACCAAGGUACACGCCCAGCAUAUCGAACAUUGGAAACGCCGUGCUCAAAUCUAAAACGGCGGACUUUGAAAAAAUCGCCAAAACUGAAGCUAAGCCAACUAAAAUCGUCACCACAACCACCACUACGUCUCUGGCAGAGAAGAAAAAAUAUACCAAGAGGAGAUACACAGAUACUAGGCAUCCCACUAGGCAUAUACCAGAUUCAGAAUCUUUAGAAUUCUCGAAUUCCAAACAAGAGGACAGAAAUAGUUCUCAGUCUAGUCAGCAGGUUUAUAAAAGGAGAGAACUGAUCUCCAGUGUACAAACAAAAUGAAUUUUCAAUGAGAAUAUAUCAUCGUGUUCGGACACUUAUCGGAAAACAAUUGUAAAUCUAGUCGUAAUAUAUAAAUUCACAAUUAUUUUUAAGUUAUGCGUGUUUAAUUUAGGUGUGUUGAUGUAUAUAAAUUCUGAACAAUUGAAAUCGAAUCUAAAUAAAACAUUGUAUAGGA